AUGCGCCAAUCUCCGACAACUCUCGCAAAGGCGAUUGUAUUGACAGCCCUGGCAACUUUCGCAACAGCCAAUAUUUGCUCAACAGUAAAGAAUGAAACAGGCGCUGUCUCAGGGCCUUUGACGAUUGCUUACGAAGCAGAGCUGCAGGACUACUGGUCAGAGGCAUGCUCGGCACUGCGCCCAUUAUGCAUAGUCUUUCCUACUAGUGCUGAGGAUGUGUCUAAAAUUAUUAUCACCUUACAGGGAACUGAUGAUUUGUUCCAGAUUAAAUCUGGCGGCCACAUGCCGAAUAAUGGAUUCUCAAGUAUUGAGGGUGGACUGCUGAUUGCGACUAAGGAUUUAAAUAGUGAUGUCGUGUACGAUGCGGAUACACAGACAGCCAAGAUUGGACCGGGCCUUACAUGGUCUGAGACACAGGAUGGACUCAAUGGAACAGGCAUGGCGGUCGUUGGCGGAAGACUGGGUGGCGUAGGUGUUGGAGGGUAUAUACUGGGCGGUGGACUGAGUUUCCUGAGCUCUCAAUAUGGCUGGGCUGCGAAUAAUGUCGUUGACUUCGAAGUUGUUCUAGCUAAUGGAACGAUCACUCAUGCAAACAAUUCAACUAAUACAGACUUGUUCGCAGCCUUGAAAGGUGGUGGUAACAAUUUCGGUAUCGUCACUCAGUACACUCUGCAAACACAUCCUAUUUCUAACCAGGUCUGGGGUGGUGUCUGGACAUUCUCAUACGAAUCCUCCUCUCAAGUCCUUCAAGCAAUCCGCGACUUCACCGAAUAUUACCCCGAUGACAAGGCAGCUAUUAUCCCGACAUGCGAGCACACAGCACUUUUCACUACAUGGUUCGUUUUUGCGUUCUAUGAUGGACCCACGCCUCCAGAUGGAAUCUUCAACAAUUUCACGGAUAUUGGGCCAUUGACGGACACAACGCAAACAUUCGAUUCGUAUUAUGAUUUGCUACAAAGCAAUGACGCAUAUGAUUUGCACGGCCAACGCUACGGCAUCGCAACGGAGACGACACCUUUGCCCAAUGCAACUGUCGGCUUGGAAGUAAUGACAACUCUGUUCGAAAUAUUCUACAAUACUACUGAGGAGGUGAUCGGUGAUUUGGCCAUGAUCGGGACCAUCGCAUUCCAGCCUAUGCCGCGCACAAUUACGAGCAAAGCACUUGCUUUGGGAGGUGAUUUGCUCUCCUUCCCCGACACAACCGACUAUAUAAUCAUGGAGCUCGACAUCUCGCAUUUCCUAGCCAGCGACGACAACUCCACCGAAGCGGCUCUACAGGCAGAAUAUACCGCAUUGAACAAUCAGAUCCAAAAAUUCAUCAGCGAGGGCGUAUUGGCCGAUGUAUAUAGGCCGCUGUUCAUGAAUGAUGCUCAUGGCACACAGGAUUAUUGGGGCAGGAUUUCUACUGCUGACCGGGCAAGGGCUACAAGGGAGAAGUACGACCCGGAGAUGUUUUGGCAGAAUAGAACCAGUGGUGGCUUUAGACUUGGGUGA